AUGUCGCCACGCUUAGGGCUUCAGUCGCCCCUAUGGGGUUCGCUGAUCACACCAAUCUCCGUACGCUCAUUCGGUAUCAGAUCGCUCAAUCCUCCCAAACCCAGUCGUUUCAACAUUGGCCCUGGUCUGCCCGUCCUCGAAUCGACAUCGACAGCGGCUCUCCGUCGCAAAGCCAAUUCCCUCCCCCUCCGAUCCGGUGCUAUCACAAUUAAAAAGGGUAUGACCGCCAUUUUCGACCCCGAGUCCGGAAAGCGCAUUCCCUGUACCGUUCUGCAGCUUGAUCGUGUUGAGGUUCUCUCCCACAAGACCCGUGAGAGGCAUGGGUACUAUGCUGUGCAGGUUGGUGCUGGCUGGAAGCACCCCAGCAAUGUCACCAGGGCACUCUUGGGACACUUCUCUGUCAAUGGUUCUUCACCUAAGCGUCAUAUCUUCGAAUUCCGUGUUAAGGGUGAAGAGGGCCUUCUGCCUGUUGGUCAAAGCAUUGAGGCUGGCUGGUUCAAGGAAGGACAAUUUGUUGAUGCCCGCUCCAACACCAAGGGUAAGGGCUUUGCUGGUGUGAUGAAGAGACAUGGUUUCGGUGGUCAGGACCGUAGUCACGGUGUUAGUUUGACGCAUCGUUCCAUGGGUUCUUCUGGUCCUGGUCAGGGCGGUGGUUCUCGUGUGUAUCCGGGCAAGAAGAUGGCUGGAAACAUGGGUAACAACCAAAACACCGUGCAGAACUUGAAGAUUCUCAAGGUUGAUUCUGAGAAUGGCAUUGUGGUUGUGAGCGGUGCGGUCAGUGGUCCCAAGGGCUGUGUCGUGAGAAUUCAGGACGCCAUCAAGAAGCCUUGGCCAGAAGUGCCGGUGGCAGAGGCCAAGUCAGUGCCUGAAUCUGCUCCCGCAUCUGUUUGA